AUGUCGAACAUUCUAUCCUCCACUGAAUUGAAAUUGCUAGAUCUACUUACAGAUUCGAAUAUAUUGAUAGAUGAACUCUAUCAUCUUCAGAACUUUCAAUCAAUUACGAACUAUAAUCCCAAUCCUGACAAUAUAAUACUAAAUAAAGAUUCUCAAAGUUUUGUCAACUUCAAGAAUGAUUUAAAUCUGGACAUAUGGCCUCAACCUGGAAAGAGGCUGACAAGAAGGAUAUCUGUUGAUCAGAAUAAUGUUGCCACAAAAUUGAAAAAUAAACUAUCGGGUCUUCUCGAUUCACGAAUAAAAGAAAGGUUAGAGUUGCAGUCGAACGAUAAAAAUAUUGUCAAGCAUGAUCAGAACGGGAAGAAGAGAAGGUCGGAACUUAACUCUGUUUCUAAAAGUCCCAAAAAACUCAAACUAUCAAAAAUGAUAAAUUUGAAUUUAACCGUCAAGCCUCAAAUAGUAACCCACCCAAGUCAUAUACCUACUCAUUCCUUUGCAUCGAUUGACGAUCUGUUCGCUUCAUAUAGGAAUGUCAUUGAGGAUCCCACACCAGAGAUGGAUGCGAAAGACUUUGAGGAAUACAUUAAAGCUCAAUCAUUACUAGUCGACAAAAUCAAAGACGCUGUAAAUAACAAGCACCUACUUUAUAUUGAUUUCAACGAAAAUAUCUUCAAAAAUGUUCCAAGCGGUAUGCGUGAACCAACAAUGAUUAAAAGAAAUCAAAAUUACAAUUUAAACUACUAUAAACCUACAGAAACACCAUUUAGAAUGAAAAAUGAUUUAACUCAUUAUGAUCAUUUGUUAGCUCAGGGAACAAAAUCAUCCAAAUUAAUACAUGACCUACGUACUACCAAAAUUCAAAAAUGUAAAAGAAUUGCACAGAUGAUUGAAGUGCAUUUCAAGCGAUUGUCACAGGAAAAAGAUAAACAAGAGAAAGAGUACAAGAAGAAAAUUACUCGAUUAGCAAGAGAAACCGCAAAGGAAGUGAAGAAAAAGUGGUUGAUAGCAGUCAAGGCGUACAAGAUUUUGGAGGAACGAGAGAGAGAACGCGAGAGGUUAUUAAAAUCUAAAGAGCAAUUAUCCAAGAUACUAGACCACAGCACUAAAGUGUUAGGGGCUCAGCUAGUCGGUAAAACGUCAAACAAUAACUCCAGUGUUGAACCCGAGAAGAAUAGUGCUCCAGAGACUGAUGAAUCUACGACAGGUACUAGUAACGACGAAAUGUCAAGUUCCAGUGAUUCUGAAGCUGAAGAGGAUAAUGAAACCAAUGUUACAGAUAAUGCCACUAUACCCAGUCAUAAAGAAGAAGAAGAUGAUAAUAAAUUGAGUUUGGAAGCAUUGAAAGAAAAGUACAGUUUCUUGGAUAGGUCGGAAUCUCAAGCUGCUGACAUUGUGAAACUAGAUCAUUCGGCCCAUUCGGCCCAUUCGGCCCAGUCUUUAUCUUCGUUGUACAAUGAGAAGGAAGAAGCCACAAUCGAAUCUAAGUCAUGCAUGAUUGAUCAGCUAGAUGAGAAUGAAAGGGCUAAAAUGUUAUCUAACAGUUUAGACGUCAACUCAGUCUUGAGCGACGAAAGCAACUCAUUAUCAGACUCUGAUAUUGACUCAUCUUCAAUGUCCGAUUUUGGCAGCGAUUCUGAGCUAGAAAACGUUCCGAACUUGAGAUCCCUAUUCUCUAACAACAACAUAUCAGACUCAGAUGAUGAUGAGUCUGUAUAUAGCGAUAACGCUGGUACUGAGACACCGUCUUCUUCCCCAGAACAUACUGCAGAAACUGCUGUUGGCACCGAUGAUGACGGAAUUCCAGAUGUUACCACCCCAGCUUUGUUGAAGGGUCAGUUACGUCCAUAUCAGAAACAGGGUCUAAAUUGGUUAGCUUCCUUAUACAAUAACGGUACAAAUGGAAUUUUGGCAGAUGAAAUGGGAUUAGGUAAGACCAUUCAAACCAUUUCUCUUCUAUCAUAUCUUGCAUGUGAGAAAAACGUGUGGGGCCCACAUCUAAUUGUUGUACCAACAUCUGUAAUGUUGAAUUGGGAAAUGGAGUUCAAAAGAUUUGCACCAGGUUUUAAGGUUUUAACAUAUUAUGGAUCUCCUCAACAGCGAAAAGAAAAGAGGAAGGGUUGGAACACACCGGAUACUUUUCAUGUGUGCAUAACCUCUUAUCAACUUGUGGUGCACGAUCAGCCUAUUUUUAGAAGAAAAAAGUGGAAGUAUAUGAUAUUGGAUGAGGCCCAUAAUAUUAAAAAUUUUAAGUCUCAAAGAUGGAAGGCACUAUUGAAUUUUAACACUGAACACAGAGUUUUACUUACUGGUACUCCUCUUCAGAACAACAUCAUCGAACUCUGGUCCUUAUUAUAUUUUCUUAUGCCUUCAUCAAAAGAAGGUGGUAUAACCAUGCCUGAGGGAUUUGCAGAUUUGAUGGAUUUUCAACAGUGGUUUGGAAAACCUGUUGACAAGAUCAUUCAGCAGGGUGGUGAUGACAAAGAAACAAGAGAAACUGUCAAUAAAUUGCACCAAGUUUUGAGACCUUAUUUACUAAGAAGGUUGAAGCAAGACGUUGAAAAACAAAUGCCAGCUAAGCAUGAACAUAUCGUUUACUGCAGGCUCUCAAAGAGGCAAAGGUUGUUGUACGAUGAUUUCAUGAGCAGAGCACAAACUAAAGAAACAUUAGCUAGUGGUAAUUUUUUGAGCAUUAUCAACUGCCUAAUGCAACUUCGAAAAGUUUGUAAUCAUCCUGAUCUAUUUGAAGUUAGACCUAUUUUAACCAGUUUUGCUCAAGAUAAAUCGGUUGCUUCCAAUUUCGAACUUCAGAAUCAUGUCGUUAGAGGUUUAUUGAAGCAGAAUAGUCAGGAAAUCGUUGAUAAAUCUUUUAUCAAUCUGAUUUCAGGCUUGAAGCGUUUUGAUCUUGAAACUUCGUACCAUUUGAAGACCAUAAAAGCUUUGAACGCAUCAAACAUUUUCGAAAAUAAAAUUGACGAAUUGGAAAAAAAGGUUGAAGGAAAGAUUCUAGAGCCUAACUUUAAUGACUUACAGGUUUAUUACGAGUACGUAUUAAAUAAAGAAAACACGGAUUUGUUGGAAAUGAUGCGUCACAGAAAAUAUGUUAACGACUUCAACUGUAAUAAAACGCAACUAAUCUCCUCCAGUGUGAUUGAUAUUUUAACACUUCGAAAACCAAGAAAUCAUUUAAUUCAACUUCAACGUUUGUCAUUGGUUAAAAGCGUUGAUACGAGGUGCUCUUUGAUGAAGGAGAUACUAGAAAAAUAUGCGUUUGUUACUCCUAAGGCUGUCUGUAACAAUAUGAAUGACUUACUCUAUCCUACAGACUUGCAACAGGAGCUUAGACAUGAUUCUCAAACAAAUAUCAUCGAGAACCCUUUUCACCAGAUACAAGUAAAAUCAUCUAUUGCUUUCCCUGAUAAAUCAUUGUUGCAAUAUGACUGUGGUAAGCUUCAAAAACUAGCUCAGCUUUUACACAAUUUAAUUCCUCAAGGGCAUAGAGUCUUGAUAUUUACUCAAAUGUCGAAAGUUUUAGAUAUUCUUGAACUAUUCCUUAACUACCAUGGAUAUACUUACAUGCGUUUGGACGGUGCAACCCGUAUUGAAGACAGACAGUUAUUGACAGAACGUUUCAACAAUGAUUCCCGAGUCAAGUGCUUUAUUUUGAGCACUAGAGCUGGUGGACUUGGUAUCAAUCUAACGGGUGCAGAUACUGUUAUUUUCUACGAUUCGGAUUGGAAUCCAGCCAUAGAUAAGCAGUGUCAGGACAGAUGCCACAGAAUUGGACAAACUAGAGAUGUUCACAUCUAUAGAUUCGUGUCCGAGUAUACCAUUGAAGCUAAUAUUUUAAAGAAAGCAGAGCAAAAGAAACAUCUUGAUAAUGUGGUUAUACAAAAGGGUGAUUUCACAACCGACUACUUUAGUAAGUUAACAGUCAAUGAGCUGUUGGGUAAAGAAACAGAAAACAUAGAAACAGAUGUUGAAAACAGUGCAAAAUCAAACGGCACCAUUUUGAGAAAAGGACAAGAUUUCACUAAAGCUUUGGAAAUGGCAGAAGAUGCAGAGGAUGCCAAAGCUGCUGAGAUUGCAAUGCGUGAAUCUAAUGUUGAUGUAGAAGAUUUCUCUGAUAGUGAGAAAAAUACCAGUUCAAGUGUUACCGAAACUAGUGAGUUCAAAGCUGAUAGUGGUAACCAGAAUAGCAACACUGAAGGUGUAGAGGUGGAAACUUUAGCACGUCGUAUUGUUGCACGUAAGGAAAUUCGUACGUACAAAGAUGAUGUCAAACAACCAAAUGGUAAAUCACAUGAUCCGGAUGCGGUUGCGAAUGAAGAAGAUUAUAGCAAGAUGGAUAACCCAGAUACCGAAGCUGAAAACAAGCAUUGCGAAAAAGCAAACGAGGAAAGAGAGGGAGGAGAAAAUGAUGGCGAUGAAAAGGGUGGUGAAAACGAAAGCGAUGACGGUGAAGACGACGGUGAAGAAGACGAUGAAAUUGGUCAUAUUGACGAGUAUAUGAUUCGUUUCAUUGCCGGAGGUUAUUACUUUGACUAA